AUGAACUACGCCAUGGAGGACACUCAGAAUUCCGCUCCUGGAGAUGUCCCACCAGCUCAAGCUGCCAAACUUGCUCCUCGCAAAGGUCCCGAUGCUCAGAGCACUACCAAACGUCUCCAAACCGAGUUGAUGCAAUUAAUGACCUCUGCGGCACCCGGAAUCUCUGCAUUUCCCUCCGCAGACGGUAAUCUUCUUUCCUGGACCGCGACCAUCGACGGACCAGACGAUACUCCAUACGCUUCCAAGCAAUUCAAAUUAUCCUUUGCCUUCCCAUCCAACUACCCCUAUGCACCACCAACCGUGCUCUUCAAGACACCUAUCUAUCACCCUAAUGUUGAUUUCUCGGGCCGGAUUUGCUUGGAUAUCUUGAAGGAUAAAUGGACCGCUGCUUAUAAUAUCCAGACUGUUUUGUUGAGCUUGCAGAGUCUUUUGGGGGAACCAAAUAAUGCAUCACCAUUGAACGGGGAGGCUGCAGAGCUAUGGGAGAAGAGCCCCGAGGAGUUCCAAAAGAAGGUCAAUGGCCGUCACCAGGACAUUGAUGACGAAUGA